AUGCUGCUGCUCUUCCUCCUCGUUCUGCUGGCCACGGGCAGGCCUGUGCAGGCCAUGUGGAACACCUGCGAAGGGAGCUGUGGGCUCCGGCCCUUGACUUCCGACGAUGAGCGAGGCAUGACGCGCGUCGUGGGUGGCAGAAGUGCUGAGGCAGGGGCCUGGCCCUGGCUUGUCAGCAUCCAAGAUCCCUCAGUUUCAGGCACAGGGCAUCUGUGUGGAGGGUCCCUCAUCAGCGUACAGUGGGUCCUUACAGCAGCCCACUGCUUUGCCGAGUCCAGGAAUAUCAGCACCAUGCGCCUGCUGAUCGGGGCAACCCAGCUGACCGAGCCAGGCCCUGAGGCCGAGGUGCGCCUGAUUAAGCGGCUGCUGGUUCACCAGGAAUACAGUUCUGCCGACCAGAGCAAUGACAUUGCGCUGCUGGAACUGAACGAGCCUGUCCAGUGCAGCCCCUACAUCCAGCCGGUCUGUGUGCCCAAUGGCACACUGAGCAUGGCACAGCUGGACACCUGCUACGUCGCUGGCUGGGGUGCCACCACGGCGAGAUCUCAAACAUCAAGUGAUGUUCUGCAGGAGGCCAAGGUCCACCUUAUCAAUGUCCAGAUCUGCAACAGCAGCGAGUGGUACGGGGGGGACAUCCACAGCCACAACUUGUGUGCUGGCUACCCAGAGGGUGGCAUUGACACCUGCCAGGGUGACAGCGGGGGUCCACUCAUGUGCCAGGAAAACGAUGCUGACUUCUUCUGGGUCGUCGGUGUGACUAGCUGGGGAAGAGGCUGUGCCAGAGAAAAACGUCCUGGAAUAUACACUUCUGUUCAGCACUUCUAUGAGUGGAUUCUGGUCCAGAUGGAACUGCUUCCACAAGUAGAGGCUUCUCGGGCAUGGAGUCCUUAUACAACUGACUCACAACGCUGGAGUAAUCAUCCAAACGCCCCAUGGCCCACUCUUAAGCCAUGGUCAACAAUACUCCCCACUCUUAAGCCGUGGCCAAGACCACCUCCCACUCUUAAGCCAUGGUCAACAAUACUCCCCACUCUUAAUCCAUGGCCAAGACCACCUCCCACUCUUAAGCCAUGGUCAACAAUACUCCCCACUCUUAAGCCAUGGCCAAGACCACCCCCCACUCUUAAGCCAUUGCCGACAGCAUUCCCCACUCUUAAGCCAUUGCCGACAGCCCUCCCCACUCACCAGCCAUUGCCGACAGCACUCCCCACUCAAAAGCCAAGUUCGAUACCAACGCCAGUGGAAGAGACUAACAACUGCCCAUUUCCACUCAAGAAGCUGAUAGAAUUCUUCACUAAGGUCCAGGAGCUCCUGAAGAACCUACCGGGAAUUACAGUUUGA